CACUGAAGAACAAAAUAGCCAGCCAACUUAGAAAUAAACAUCCGAUGUGGCUCAAAAUGACCUCAUGAGAAAAAUUGGAAAUGGGUGUGACCAAAAUGUCAAAAUUGGAUGGUAAGAGAGAGAGAGGGGUGUGACAAGCUGAAGAAGAAGGAACAAAGAAUCAGGAGGUAGAAGAAAACCCCAACAAAAAUAAGCAAAAUUUGAUGAUUCUGUUGUUUUACUUUGGCUUUUUGGCAAAGCUUCAGCCUUUUCCUGUAGACCCUUUUCGUUUCUUCAACUAAAAUACGACAUCUAACCUGUGUUCCAAUUUCAAUUGAUAAUCCACAAAGUUGGCUAUAGCCCAGGAUGGCUGAUAUCAGUCCUAGUACGUCGACAGAUGCCGAUACUGAAGAUAAGAACAGGGAGCUUUGGCAUUUGAUGUAGAAUAUGCCCGAUGGUUGGAAGAGCAGAAUCGACGAAUUAAUGAAUUACGGGGAGCUGUUAAUUCUCAUGCUGGUGAUGCUGAACUUCGCAUAAUAGUCGAUGGAAUCUCGGCACACUAUGAUGACAUAUUCAGGAUAAAGGGGGAUGCCGCAAAGGCUGACGUCUUUCACAUAUUGUCGGGCAUGUGGAAAACUCCUGCAGAAAGAUGCUUCUUGUGGCUUGGUGGAUUCCGUUCGUCUGAACUCCUCAAGCUGCUCAUUAAUCAGUUGGAGCCUUUAACUGAACAACAAUUAUUGGCGAUCAACAACUUACAACAGUCAUCGCAACAGGCUGAAGAUGCUUUAUCCCAGGGAAUGGAGGCAUUGCAGCAGUCUUUGGCUGAGACUCUUGCAGGGUCUCUUGGACCUUCAGGUUCCUCUGGGAAUGUUGCAAAUUAUAUGGGUCAAAUGGCCAUGGCAAUGGGUAAGCUUGGAACUCUGGAGGGCUUCAUACGGCAGGCUGAUAACCUUCGGCAACAGACAUUGCAGCAAAUGCAUCGCAUAUUGACAACUCGCCAAUCAGCUCGUGCUCUUCUUGCAAUCAGCGACUAUUUCUCUCGUCUUCGAGCACUGAGCUCUCUCUGGCUUGCUCGUCCCCGGGAAUAACAUCCACUUUCUUCUGAUACUCUGCUCUGAAAGACUCUUGGUGACAUUUGUAAAUGAGAAACCUCUUUGUGGGAAAGUUGCUGGGCUUUAAUAUAUAUUUUUCUUUCGAGAUUCGUGGUGGCUGAUAAUACCUACCAGCUUAGAUUUUCAGUCCUACUUGUUCAUCUCUUGUAAUCUGUACUUGUAACGUUAUUUCAUAUUUAACUUGGACAGACAAUGUGUGAUGAAUGAAUUGUUGUAUUUUAGCAUAUCUAAUGGUUCCAGUUAGGUUAAUGGAAAUGAGUAUUGGCUGAUUUUUAUCCAA